CAGAGAGAUGUCAAUCAGGAUGCCUCCAUCAAGCGCAUAGAGACACAGUUAGGCCAACUGGCCGCCAGGGUUGGGACCAUUGAGACCGAGAUGAACAAGGAGAAGUUACCGAGUCAGCCCGAGCAAGCUAAAGCUAUUACUGUGCUCAGGAGCGGGAAGGAAGUGGAAAACAAAGUGCAGAUGCCCGAGCCUGAAGAUCAGGAGACUCAUACAGAAAAGAUCAAGGAAACAGAGUCCGGGAAGGCGACAGACGAGCCGGUGCUACAUAAGUCGACGAAUCCAUACAAGCCGCGCAUUCCCUUUCCAGACCGCCUUAGGAAUGAGAAGCAAGAGAAACAGUUCCGAGAUCUUUUCAGCAUGCUCUCCAAGGUGAAUGUCAACUUGCCGCUCCUCGAUGUGAUUAAGAAUAUGCCGUCUUAUGGUAAGUUCUUCAAGGACUUGGUGACCAAGAAGAGGAAGUUCGAAGAUGGAGAGAAGGUGGUCGUGUAUGAGGCUGCAAGCGCAAUGCAGCACGAUUUGCCCAAGAAAGAACGUGAACCCGGUGGUUUUAUUAUCCAGAUAGCUUUGGGGAACGGGAAGGUAGCUUCGGGGAUGCUAGACCUUGGAGCCGGAAUCAAUCUCAUGCCCUUCUCGAUUUUUCAAAGGCUCGGCCUUGGGGAUUUGAGGCCAACUCGCAUGUUCCUCCAGUUAGCAGACCGUUCCAUUAGGUAUCCCAAGGGAGUAGUCGAGGAUGUUCUCGUGAAGGUGGGUAAGCUUAUCAUUCCAGUGGACUUCGUUGUUCUAGACGUCGGGGAUGUGCACGAGAAUGGGAAGGAUCAUACCAUUCUUCUCGGGAGACCGUUCAUGGUGACGACUAACACCCUCAUCGAUGUGAAGAAUGGUACCUUGAAUAUGACGGUUCUGGGGGAGUCGGUGUCUAUUUUUGUUCGAGGGGCCAUGUCUUCAUCUUCUAUCAAUUUUGUAGAAGAAUGUGCUUUUAUUGAUAUUUCUGACACUUUUGUGGAUAAGAUGGUAUGUCAGGAGUUCGAAGACGGAUU